GUAAGAGUACAUAAUUAAGCGUAAAACUAAUACGGUUUCGGAUACUUAGGACCUAUAGUAGUAGUCCGUUUGUUGGAGCAAAAAUCUGGGCGGAGAUGAGCAUUCGAACUGGAGAACUCGCCGGAGAUGAUAUGUUCGGAGCGGCAACUAUUGCCGCCGGUGAACUUUACAGUUUUCGCGACAACUAUUUCCCUAUAAGUCCAGAGGAAAGAGUUUCCAAAUUGCAAAGCCAAUCUGAUCUGGCUCUUCAAAUCCUCGAUACAAUCCCUAUAGAAAAGAGGAAAUUGCCACUUCAACGUGCAACAUAUGAGUAUCUAAGAGGAAAAAUACUGGAUGUAGUUCCUGUAUAUAAGAAGGAAGCUGAGGAUCAUCUCUCCAAAGCUGUUAAGUUGAAUCCAUCUUUUGUGGAUGCUUGGCUGUGCCUAGGUAACUGCAUUUGGAAGAAAGGAGAUUUAAAUGCAGCUAAAAACUGCUUUACAUUUGCCCUUAGCAAGGUGGGUCCAAAUAAGAAUAUUCUAUGUCAGCUAUCAAUGCUUGAAAGAAAACUGGCUCAAGAUGCUGAAAAUCCAGAAGAAAUUGUCGAUGAAAGCAUCAAACAUGCCAGGGAAGCGAUCACUUUGGAUGUCAAGGAUGGAUAUUCUUGGUAUAACCUAGGAAAUGGAUUUCUCACUUCUUUUUUUGUGACUGGAGCAUGGGACCACAGUAAGCUUCUACAGUCAUUAAAAGCUUACCAGAAUGCUGAGAGAGAUGAAAAAAUGAAGUCAAAUCCUGAUCUGUACUACAAUUGUGCCACUGUGAACAAAUAUCUGGAGAAUUAUGAGAGGGCCCUUACUGGAUUUGAAGCUGCUGCGUUAAUGGAUCCUGGUCUUAAUGCUAUGGAGGAUGCACGAAUGAUGGUUCUGCUUCUUGAGAAAUUAGACUAUUUGCUUCGGGGUCAGAUUAAGGCUAAGCGGCUUUCUUCCCUAUCAUCAUCUCUUGCGACAGUUGAUUUGAGCCAUUCAUACAAAAGAGCAACCAUGGAUCUCCUAUCUGAAGGUCUUAAUAAAGGAAUUGCAAUCGCAGGAAAGGUUUUGUUCUUUGCUAAGAACGAGAGUUUAGCUCCAUUGUACUAUGUGCUAUCUGAUUCCAAUCACACAUCUUAUGUAAUUACGGUGUAUGGUAUUCGGAAUGAUGCUAUUAAAGAAGGAGAUCAAGUCACCUUAUUGGAGCCUUUCUACCGUUUUGUUGAUUUUACUUGGAAAGGAAAGCAUUACCAGUUCAAAUCAGUACGAGUGGAUUUUGUGGAACAAGUUCUUGUAAAUGGAAAAUGUUUGUCUCCCCAUCACGCAGCUCGUACGUCAAUCUAUGCGCAACUCAAGGCAUGAGGAAUCUAUAAUCUUCUCUUGUAAAUCAGGAUUUUGGAUGACAUGUUUUUCACGGAGAAGGGACUUCGCGUAUGUUAUAACUUCACUUUCGAACACUAGUUUAUCAGUUAAACUUUUGAAGAAGAGAAAGGCAAAACAAAAAAAAAAACUACUUUUGAUAUCUAACCAGGUGUGAGGUCUAGUGAUCUAAUUGCACAUAUUCCAAAUGGAGGAAGUAACUAAUGGCACUUGAAGAAAGAACACUACAUUGGUAUGUAGCAAUCCGUAUAGGCUAUCAAUUAGUUUUGGGAACUCAUAUGGCAAGUCAAUUUUAACAAGGUGGAGAGUUGAUUAGAUUCAUUUUCUUAUCCCCUACAUGUGUCUUGGUUGUAUUGUAUAACUAGUUAAAGAAUGUACACUAUAUCUUGAACCUUUAUUCGGGCAGCGAUUGAGUUUAAAAAAAAGACUCGAUCUUGAUACA